AUGGCUGCUCAAACCAGCGAGAAUCUGACCAAAAAUCUUGAGGAAUGUGCCAUCCUCUGUACUACUGACACCUCCAAGCUGGUGUCACCCAGAGAUCUGCUGCUGAUCUAUCCUGAGUUCAAAGACCUCGGGGAACUACCAGCUCUGCCCUUUUGUGACUUUGAGCUGAGCGGUCCUGAGGGCUUUGUAGAAUCGGCCCAGAUUGCUGGAGAGGGCCGGGCAUUGCAGACUGAGGCUGUAGACUGCAGGUGGUACAUCAAGGCUCCACCAAGAGCUACGAUCUACAUGCGUUUUCUGGAGUAUGAGAUGCACAACUCGAAUGAGUGCAAGCGGAACUUUGUUGCCAUCUAUGACGGCAGCAGUUCGGUUGAGCACCUGAAGAAUAAGUUCUGCUCCACAGUGGCAAACGACGUCAUGCUGACCUCCUCGGUGGGCGUGGUGAGACUGUGGGCAGAUGAGGGAAGCAGGAAGAGCAAAUUCAGGAUUCUCUUUACAACUUUCCAUGCACCUCCAUGUGAAGGAGAUACUUUCUUUUGCCACAGCAACAUGUGCAUCAACAACACCUUGGUCUGCAACGGUAUCCAGAACUGUGUUUACCCAUGGGAUGAGAAUCACUGCAAAGAGAAGAGGAAAGCAAGCAUCUUGGACACGCUGGAUCACACUAACCUAACCAUCAUCGGAGUGACCUGUGGCCUGGUUGUCCUCUUGCUCGUCAUCUCCGUCAUCAUCCAGGUCAAACAGCCUCGCAAGAAAUACAUCAUUCGCAGAGAUGACUUUGAUCCUGCCCUCCUCCACCCUGGUUUUGAGCCUCCACACUAUGAGCUCUGCACUCUGCGCCGGGCCCCAUCAGGCGACCUGACUGAUGCUGCCCUUGCCGAGGACUUUGAGAAGUUCCACAAGCUCCGCCGCUCCUCCUCCAAAUGCAUCCGGGACCACCACUGUGGCUCCCACCAUGGGAGUGUGCACGGUAGUGUGCACGGCAGCCGCAGCAACCUGAGCAUGAGGGACGCUACCAUUGCAGCCGACGGAGGGGCUCUUGUGCCACCUGUGCCACCGGUGAUGGUGAGCCAGCAGUCACCACGCCUCUCACACCACACCACUCCAGCAGGUCGAAGGAGCAUCCUGGUGAUGAAGCACAGUUAUUCUCAGGAUGGGGCAGAGGGGUACAGGGGAGAGGAGGACGACGACCUGACGAUGGAUGAUGGUCCCACUACCAGCCAUCACCACAUGCACCACCAUCAGAUGCACCAUGGGCCAUUAGGGCUGGACCACACUGUUCACCGUACACUGUCUAAUGAUUUCUAAUGUAAGGCAACAUGGAAAUGUGAAAAUGAAAAAACACAUAAUAACCUUAGUUCUUUCUGCUGAGGAUAAAAAUAUUUUAAAUUCCUUUUAAAACUGGAUUUAUGUUUAAUGAAUAUCAAUGAAUUUAUGUUUCUUGGUGUCAUAUUCAAAAUCAGAUGGAGGUUGAGCUUUGGAAGCAGAGCGGAAUAACAAUUAUGCAAAAAACUUACAAGUGAUUAUAAUAAAAAAUACCCAUGUUCAAGUUGAAUAUUACACUGCUGUGGUAAUACGUGGGAGAAACAGAUAUAUAACCUGUCAGGAUUUGACAGGAAGUGUUUCAUGGAAGAUUUUAUGCUGCAUCCACAGAUAAUUGAGUUUGAACAGAUUCUCAUGCAUUGCAAUUUGUUUUUUUCCUAUUUGUUCCUUGUUUUGCUUCAGUUUCAACUCUGGGGUAGAAUGUAUUUGUGACUGCAUUAUAUCUGAGAUUUUUUUUAAUGACUGAAUGGUAAACUAUAGGGUUCCUACGACAAUACUGCACAAGAACAUUAUCACAGCAUUUAGGUCAUUCCUUUCCUUACAUAAGACCUGAUGUUUUUGUGUUGGUCCAGAAUCAAAUAUGUAUGAGCAUUUUACCAGUUGACAAGAACAGCAUAUGAUGGAAACAUUGCAUUGAAGUCAGCACACAUGCAAGUAUGGCAAACCAGUUGGCUUGGGACUUAUAUUUUCAAUGCUGUAAUGGAUACAAUAUUUAAUUAAUUGUUUUUGUUUAUUUUGGAGUAUUUAUUAGUGUUGAAUUAAGUAUAUCAGUUUCAGUUUGUCCUGCUUUUUGUCUGGCUGAUUACUUUAUUAUGUGACUGUGUCUAUUUAUUUAUUUCAUUAAAUAUCUUGCUUUUCCUC